UGCCGUGUCAAAGCUCAGGAUAGUGGGCCAGCUUUCACAAGACAUCGGCAAUCUCACCGCCCUCACCUCUCUCAAGCUGAGCACCAAUCGCUUCCGCGGCCCUCUGCCUGACUCCCUCAGUCGCCUCUCCAAACUUGAAAGCCUCCGAUUGGAGCGCAACCGGUUCUCUGGCUCUUUCCCGCCUGGUCUCUUAGAGCUCACUGCACUCACCCUCUUAUUCACCAACAACAACUCCUUCUCGGGCGCUCUGCCGGCCUUCUUUGGUAGCAUGGCCAACCUGAGCGAGCUCAAGCUGUUUGGGAACCCCAUGAAAGGGUCGCUGCCAGAGUCCUACUCGCAACUCAAGAACCUCACCCACCUCCAUCUGGCAGACAUGGGUCUGUCGGGUCCCAUCCCUGACUCGUGGGGCAACAUGAAAAGCCUGCAGUACUUCCACUUGAGUCGCAACAACAUCUCAGGGAACCUCCCUAGCUCGCUGGGGCAGCUCACCGACCUUAUUGAAUUCUCGGCCUAUCAAAAUCCGCUGCUGGAGGGCAAGCUGCCGCCCUGCUGGGCCACCAUUCAGUCCCUCGGCAUUCUCUCUGUCCUGGGCACCAAGCUUCGCUGCCCCGCGCGCCCCGCCGACUCCUGCUGCCCGGGAUUCCUUCAAACCGGCCUGCCCUUCUGCUCCAACAUCUGCAACGAAUUCUGCCAACAAUGCAAACCACCCUUGCUAUCACCAGCAGCCAUAGCAGGCGUGGUGGUGGGGAGUGUGGUGGUGCUGCUGGUGGUGCUGCUUGUUCUGCUCUAUGUGUGGUAUUACUACUGGGGACCUGGGAGCCGCAAGGCGUGGGAGAGGGAUCUAAAGCAGGGAUUUCGAAAGUACACGUGGAGGGAGGUGAUGGAGGCGACCAACCAGCUGAGCCCUGACAACCUUCUCGGCAAGGGCGGCUUUGGCUCCGUCUAUUUGGGAGUCAUAGGCGGGUCCCAGCAGAGCGGGCGGAGCACAGGGGUGUGGAAGCGGGCAGAGGCUAGCUGGAAAGCAGCAAACAGCGGCAUGGGUGCGGGGGAUGGCAAGGUUGGGGCGAAUAGCAAGAGUGGCGAGAGCGGCAAGAGCGGGGAGAGUGGCCCGAGGGGUUGGAGUGGCACGAGUGGUGGGGUUGGGAUGGCGGACGCGAGGAUUGGGACGAGUGCUGAGAGUGCGACAUGUAUGGGGAGUGCGGGCAUUGGGAGCACUGCUUCUGUUGCUCCGUUGGGCGACAGUGCCCCUGGGGUGGGCGGCGGCGUGCAUGUGGCGGGUGGAGGUGUGCAUGUGGUGGGUGGCAUGGAGGUGGCGAUAAAGCGAGCAGCUGUUGUGGAGCGAUCAUCCAACGUCGCCACAAUGUUUGAAGAGGAGGUGAAGGCGGUGUCCAGGUUGAGCCACAAGAACCUCGUGCGCCUCCUUGGCUACUGCAACGAGAACAACGAGCAGGUGUUGGUAUACGAGUAUGUGCGCAACGGCGACAUCAGCGACCAUCUGUACGCGAGGUUCCGCGGGCACUUGCUGACCUUUGAGGAGCGGCUGGACGCGGCACUGGGGCUGGCGGAGGGACUCAACUACAGUGUGCUGCUGCUGGAGAUGGUGUCGGGCCGGCCGGUCACAGCCAACUACGGUGUGUUGCUGCUGGAGAUGGUGACGGGGCGGCCAGCCACGGAGAUCGACCCCAACGACCAGACCUGCCUCAGGCACAUCACCUCCUGGGCGGUACCAUACAUAGAGCGAGGGGAGAUCCGAGAGAUAGCGGACGCGCGCAUUGCCUCGCCGCUCAACCUGCCCUUUCUGCUGCAGAUGGCGCGCACCGCCGCCCUCUGCGUGCAGCUGCCGUCCACGCGCCGCCCGGACAUGGCUGAGGUGGCACGCGUCAUGCUGGACGCCCGCCGCACCUUCCAUGCCGCCGCCGCCGCCGCCGCCGCUGCCGGCGCCGCUGCCCUCGCUGCCACUGGUGGUGCUGCUGGUGGGGAAGGGGUGCAGGGAGGGGAAGCGGGAGGAGAAGGAGGAGCAGGAGGAAUAGGAGGAGCAGGAGGAGCAAGAGGAGUAGGAGGAGCAGGAGGAGCAGGAGGAGCAGUGGGGGCAGGAGGAGCAGGAGGAGCAGGAGGGUCUGUGGGACUGGCAGCUCAUCUCUCAAGAGGGAUUCGAGGUGUGGCAGGGGCGCUGGGUGGGAAGGGGAGCCCCCGAGGAGCAGACGUGGGGAGGAGUGGGCUUGUGGGUGCCAGCGGCAGGGCGUUGGGGAGUGAGAGCAUGAAGAGAUGGGUGCAUUACUUCGGCGGCGGGGGUGGAGGGCGGAGCAGGCAAGAGAGUAAUCGAAUUGAAGAGACUGUCCCAGAGGGCACGGGGCCCAGGGAAGGAGGAGGAGAGAGUGGGUAA